AUGGUCGCAUUAGCCAAAAAUCAUGAAAAGGCAAGUGCUCAUAUGGUGCGCACGUAUAACAUGAAGCGAACAAGGUUUGAGGUCGAGGAAGGAUUUAACCAGCGUACGCAUCGUAAUGGUUAUAGGUGGAGUGUUCGCCUAGACGAGCGAACAUGCGAGUGUGGACGUUUCCAAGCCUUCAAGUAUCCAUGUGAUCACAUGAUUGCGGCAUGCGCUCGACAGUCCAUUAACUAUUAUGAUUUUGUUGACCCUGUGUAUAAGUUGGAGACUGUAAGGGAUGCGUAUAAAGCUGAGUGGUGGGCCCUUGGAAAUGACUUGAACAUUCCUCCAGCAGGUGAUGGCCCUCGACUUGUUCCAGACCCCACCAUGGUACGUGUUAGAGGCCGCCCAAGGUUAACUCGAAUCAGAAAUGAGAUGGACCUGACAGAGUCUCAACCGAGCCGGCGAAAUAAUGCACUUCAAAGAUGA